GCACGUGAAAGCCUGCUUGGAGAACAUUUUAUAUGCCUUCUCGGAUUAAUUUUCAUCUGCUGCUUGUUUCCUUUGGGGUGAGAAGACUCGUUUCAGCCUCCGCGCGCUCGAACUCCUGAACUGUUUGUCUUCUUCUUCUCUGUUGGUGGUGAAGUUUAAAACCAGGUGAAUGUAUAGCAUGAUGAUGGAAACUGACCUCCAUUCCCCCGGCCCCCAAACGAACACGAGCACGGGGCCGAACAGCGGCUCCAACAAAGCGAACCAGGAGCGCGUAAAGAGACCAAUGAACGCGUUCAUGGUGUGGUCCCGCGGGCAGCGCAGGAAGAUGGCGCAGGAGAAUCCCAAGAUGCACAACUCGGAGAUCAGCAAGCGGCUGGGCGCCGAGUGGAAGGUGAUGUCCGAGGCGGAGAAGCGCCCCUUCAUCGACGAGGCGAAGCGUUUGAGAGCCAUGCACAUGAAGGAGCAUCCGGAUUACAAGUACCGGCCCAGACGGAAGACCAAGACUCUGCUGAAGAAGGACAAAUACUCCCUGGCUGGUGGACUGCUGUCUGGACCCAGCGCCGGCGGGGGAGUUGGUUUGAGUGUCGGUAUGAGCUCAUCCGGGGUCGGACAGAGGUUAGAGAGCCCCGGGGGUCACGGAGGCUCCGCCAGCUCCGGCUACGCGCACAUGAACGGCUGGGCGAACGGCGCGUACUCGGGGCAGGUGGCUGCAGCCGCUGCGGCCGCGGCGAUGAUGCAGGAGGCUCAGCUCGCCUACAGCCAGCACCCCGGCAGCGGAGCGCACCACCACCACCACUCCCACCACCACCACGCGCACAACCCGCAGCCCAUGCACCGCUACGACAUGACGGCGCUGCAGUACAGCCCCAUCUCGAACUCUCAGAGCUACAUGAGCGCCUCUCCGUCCAGCUACGGCGGGAUCACCUACACGCAGCACCAGGGCUCCGGCGUCUCCUCCUCCGCCGCCAUGGGGACGUUAGGGUCGCUGGUGAAGUCGGAGCCGAGCGUAAGCCCCCCCGUGAGCAGCACACACGCACGGGGCCCCUGCCCCGGAGACUUGAGGGAGAUGAUAAGCAUGUAUUUACCGACCGGGGAGCCGGGGGACCCGUCCAUGCAGAGCAGACUCCACGCCUUACCGCAGCACUACCAGAGCGCAGCGGCUGGAGUCAACGGGACGGUCCCUCUGACACACAUUUAAAAGUCCCAGAACUAACACAAACC